AUCUGGCUUCUCGGUGUCUCGGAGAUUGCAAGAAGAUGAUGAGCUGAGCGGCCGGCGCAUACUGAAUGCAUAAUUGGCCUCUCUUAGUCAUAGAUUUUCACUUGCCUUGUCUAGUUUCUUUGCCAAAUCGCUGUUUUAUGUCGAGCUGUACCGUGAACCGUAGAAACUAAAGGGCAGGAACGACAGGAGGAGAGCGAAGCAGCAGUCACUGAGAGGAGUUGUGCAUCAAAUUGCACCGGAUGUCAUUACACGCUCUUAAAUAUCGAGGACUGUAAUCAAGACCAGAGCCAUGGAGGUUGUAACACAUUUUGUGAAUGACACUGUAGAGUUUUACAAAUGGAGCCUUUCUAUAGCAGACAAGAGGGUACAGAACUGGCCGUUCAUGUCAUCUCCCCUCCCUACUCUGGCCAUCAGCUGCCUGUACCUGCUCUUCCUGUGGGCGGGGCCUAGAUACAUGCAGGACCGCCAGCCCUAUACACUCAGGAAGACCCUCAUAGUGUAUAACUUCAGCAUGGUGGUGCUCAAUUUCUACAUCGCCAAAGAGCUCCUACUAGGUUCUAAAGCAGCUGGGUACAGCUACCUCUGUCAGCCUGUCAACUACUCCAAGGAUGUCAAUGAAGUCAGGAUAGCAUCUGCUCUCUGGUGGUACUACAUCUCUAAAGGAGUGGAGUUCCUAGACACAGUCUUCUUCAUCCUGAGGAAAAAGUUCAACCAGGUCAGCUUCCUCCAUGUCUACCAUCACUGCACUAUGUUCAUCCUCUGGUGGAUUGGCAUCAAAUGGGUCCCCGGUGGACAGUCGUUCUUUGGUGCAACCAUCAACUCUUCCAUCCACGUCCUCAUGUAUGGUUACUAUGGCCUGGCAGCUUUGGGACCUCAGAUGCAGAAGUAUCUCUGGUGGAAGAAAUACCUCACCAUUAUUCAGAUGAUCCAGUUCCACGUGACCAUCGGCCAUGCCGGUCACUCCCUCUACACCGGAUGUCCAUUCCCCAACUGGAUGCAGUGGGCUUUGAUUGGCUAUGCCGUCACCUUCAUCAUCCUCUUCGCCAAUUUCUAUUACCACGCUUACCGACGCAAACCUUCCUCCUCACAUAAAGGAGGCAAACCGGUCACCAACGGCACCUCGAUGGUAACUAACGGCCAUAGUAAAGUGGAAGAGGUGGAGGAUAACGGGAAGAGGCAAAAGAAAGGAAGAGCGAAGAGGGAGUAAAGGAGGACGAGGGCUUGCUUGGACGUUUGUUUUAAGGGCCAGAGAAGAAGGGAUGGGAGGGGAGGGAUUAAACAAACCAAACCGGCUUCGUCCUCCCUGCCAGUAAUGUAGAAGGAUACAAUUUGUGACCAACUUUGGAGGGGGAAGGAUAGCGGUGUGUGUAUGUGGGUGUGUCUGUCAGGGUUUCUGAGAGGAAGAGAGGGGUGUUGGUUGUCUUCAUAACAGUUUUGUAUUCAAAUGAAAAGCAGAACGCUGAUAACGUAGGCUCUGCGCUCUCCUGUCCAACUGUGUUUGGGAAUGUAAAAGGACCAAAAUAUUAGAGGACCUACAAACUGCUCAGCAUCCACUAUCUUGUCAACCAAAAUUCACCUCCAACUUUUGUACUCUGGAUACCAGUAUUGUUUUAAUUGAAAGCUUAAGUAGACCUUAAUAUGCUAAUUUAUAUGCUAGUGCUCUAAAAGAGUUUUAUUUUAACUAUAACCAAAAGAAAGAACAUGCAGAAAUUUAUACCAAAGGUGUUUUCUUUGAUCAGCAGGGGGAAGUUUUGUUUACAAAUUCAAAAAAUCAUAAACUGAUGCUCUCAUUACUGCCAUCGACUCUAUACAACUACUUUUUAUUCUACUACAACUACCAACUCUUGCUGUAUCAGAUAUAACUGUGCUGCAUUUACAAAACAACAAGCAAUUUUUUUUUUUCGUCAUUGUGAAUUAAAAACCUGGUUUGAAACACUUUGGAGGGAGGGGGGCUGUAGUUUCUUCUAGUAUUUAUGCAAAUUUGUGGGUAUCUUUGUUAUAAUACUUUUGUGUGGGUCCUCAUGAUUUAUUUCAUUUUGCUGUGCGAUGUAGCUGAGGUGCAAAAAUAAGAGAUUGAAGUUCAGCUCAGUGUCGUCUCACUGCCAUGUAGGACUGAAGGGAAUGUCUUCCUGAAAAGAGCUUUUUUUUUAAAAUGACAAAUGUUUUAUUCAUUGUCUUAUUAAAGAGGAAAGCGACACAGCUUCUGGCCGUACAUAUAAUUGAAAUAAAGAAAAUGUCAGCACCCCACAGUUAA